AAACAAAAAAUCAAAAAAGUGAAGAUGAAAGAUUCCAAUCAUCUUUUAACUAACAAGACGAGAGGAACCCAUUUUCCCUUUCUUUUUUUAAUUUAAUUAAAAAAACAAAAAAGAGGGUGAAAAAAUAAAAAUAAAAACCCCAUCUUCUGUAGUUCUGUUCAUCCUAGUUCCCCCCUAAUAUUCCCUCUUUUUGCUGCCCCCCAAAAAAAUUAAAAAUAAAAAAAUAAAAAAAAUACUGUCUUUUUCAUCUUUUUUGGGUUUCCCACAUUUUCCCAAACACAUUUCCCUCUUCUCCAUCCCCACACAACCCUACACCACCACCAACUCCACUUCCAAGACACCCUCUUUGGCCUUCUCAAUGUUUGUCUUAUUUUCUCUCUCCUCUUUUUCCAGGUCUAGCUGUUUGUUGUGAUUCAGAUACACUGUACUAGGGUUGGAAUUACUUGAUUAUGAUAAGGGUUUGUUUUCUGGGGUGAUUUAAUUGUGGAAUUAUGAGGUGGGCAUGGAAGUAAGCUAGGGGUAUAGUACUAGUGAAUGUAUGUUGUAAAUUGAGCUUCAAUUUGGGGUUUUAGGGUUUGUAGAUUCAGGUGAAAUGUCGCCGGAAAUGUCACCGGAGGUGGGAUCUAGUCCUGUUAUGGAAGAUGAUAGUAUUAUGGAGUAUGCAUUUGCUAUGGAAUAUCAUGGACCUCCUUUGAGUUUUGAUAUUCCUAAAGCGGUUCCGAUUAAUGUAGAGAGUAUACCCCUUGCUUCUGUUGUUACUCAAUUGAAUUUCCCAGAAAAGAACAACGCGUUGCCCGUCAUCCAACCUGUUCUUGCUCCUGAUGGUAUGAACAAGAAGUUUUCUAGAGAGCUAAGUAAAGUAGGGUCUGGUAUUACUAAUGUGUCCCCGACCUCGGUGAUAGAUUUCGAGAGGCUUAUGAGUGUCUGUGAGGGUGACAGAGAUGUCGAAUUAGCCACAGAAGUGACCUUUUCGCCAACUUCAGUUGCUGCGUUUGAAGAAAGGGUCAAAACUGGUCAGGAACAGGAUUGUAUGGGGAUUGGUGAUGGGGUUUGUAGCUCGGGCACAUUAGAUGAUUGGUCAGGUUUGAUAAAUAGCUCAGAGGAGUUGGCUUCUUCUUCGAUUAGCCAUGAACAUUCGCGUGAUUUGGUAGGUAGAGGUGGAAGUUCACGUUCAUGCAUAUCGGAAUCUUGUGAGAGUUUUGAGAAAUUGAGAGAACUUUCAGCAGUUUCAGAGGCUUCCUUGGCUUCUGUUCCUUCUCAGGAGUAUCUGUCUUCCUCACUUUCCUCUUUUAGGACCGGGGAAUGCAAAAGCAUGCCACAUACUAAUGAUGUCAUCAAAAGGGGUGCUGUAACUUUUCGUGAUUCUGACUCAUAUGACGAUGAUGAUGUUGAUGAGGAGUUUGCUUACCGUGAGGCUGUAAGAGUUAGACUGAAGAAGGAACCUUUACCUAAAUCCAAGAAGGGUGCGUGCUAUCGGUGUCUAAAAGGAAACCGAUUCACGGAAAAAGAGGCUUGUGUUGUUUGCAAUGCAAAGUAUUGUAGCAAUUGUGUUCUCAAGGCUAUGGGGUCAAUGCCAGAAGGAAGGAAAUGUGUUGCAUGUAUUGGAUAUUCCAUUGAUGAGUCCAAAAGAGAGAGUUUGGGAAAAUGCACCAAGUUACUCAAAAGACUGCUAAAUGAUUUGGAGAUUCAACAAAUAUUGAAGGCUGAGAAGCUUUGUGAUGUGAAUCAGCUUCCACCCGAGUACAUAUGUGUAAAUGGAAAGCCUCUAUGUCAUGAAGAGCUGUUGUUGUUACAGACGUGUUCGAACCCGCCUAAGAACAUCAAACCAGGAAACUAUUGGUAUGACAAAGUAUCCGGUCUUUGGGGAAAGGAAGGAGAAAAACCUUUGCAGAUUAUUAGUCCGCAUCUGAAUGUCGGGGAUCCCAUUAAACCAGAUGCUAGUAACGGAAACACCCAUGUUUUCAUAAAUGGUCGAGAAAUUACGAAACCGGAGCUUCGGAUGCUGCAGAUGGCAGGAGUCCAGUGUGCUGGUAAUCCACACUUUUGGGUGAAUGAUGAUGGUUCAUACCAAGAAGAGGGACAAAAGAAUACCAAAGGCUACAUCUGGGGCAAGGCUGGAAUGAACCUGGUUUGUGCUUUCCUGUCACUGCCUGUUCCCUCAAGAUCUAAGAAUCUUUGCGCAGAAGAAGUGCGAUAUGAUGUUGACAGACCAAUUCCUGAUUACAUGGAGAGAACACUCCAGAAGCUUCUUUUGGUAGGAAAUAACGGUGCAGGGACUAGUACAAUAUUUAAGCAGGCCAAAAUUCUUUAUAAAACCUCACCUUUUUCUGAGGACGAGAGAGAGAAAAUCAAGCUGAUGAUCCAGGGCAAUGUGUAUGGUUACCUUGGGAUGCUCCUGGAAGGCCGGGAGCGUUUUGAAGAAGAAAGUUUGACAAACUUGAUUGAGCAGUCUUCUGAUCAAGAGAGGAGUAUUCAAGGGGAUGAUGAGACGGCUAUCUAUUCCAUUAACCCAAGGCUGAAAGAAUUCUCUGAUUGGCUUCUUAAAACAAUGGCAUCUGGCAACUUGGAAGCAAUUUUUCCAGCUGCAACUCGUGAAUAUGCACCGUUGGUUGAGGAAUUGUGGAGCACUUCAGCCAUUCAAGUCACAUAUAAUCGAAGAAGUGAACUUGAAAUGUUACCUGGUGUUGCUAGUUAUUUUUUGGAGCGGGUUGUUGAUAUCCUGCAACCAGAUUAUCAGCCAUCAGAUUUGGAUAUCCUUUAUGCUGAAGGAGUGACAUCAUCGAAUGGCUUAGCUUGCGUGGAGUUCUCAUUUCCGCAAUCAGAUGAUGAUGACAUUGACUCUGCUGACUUACAUGGUUCUUUGCCGAGGUACCAGCUAAUCAGAGUACAAGCAAGAGGCUUUGCAGAAAACUGCAAAUGGUUAGAAAUGUUAGAAGAUGCAAGACUAGUAAUAUUCUGUGUUUCACUAACAGACUAUGACCAGUUCUCCUACAACAACACUGAUAGUACUGCUCCUGUAAACAACAAAAUGUUGCUGAACAAAAAACUCUUCGAAACCAUUGUUACUCACCCAACCUUUGAACAAAUGGACUUCCAUUUAAUUCUGAACAAAUUCGACAAAUUCGAUGAAAAGAUCGAACAAAUCCCACUUUCUGAAUGCGAAUGGUUUGAAGAUUUCCAACCCGUGAUCAGCCAAAACAGCAAAAGCUUCAGCAGUAGCAGAAGCAGAAGCAUCAACCAUAACCCUUCACUUGGGCAGUUGGGUUUUCACUAUAUUGCUUUGAAGUUCAAGAAACUUUACUUCGAACUAACGGGCCGGAAGCUGUUCGUGUCAUCUGUGACGGGCCUUGAGCCCGAAAGCGUUGAUGCUGCAUUGAAGUAUGCAAGAGAGGUUGUAAAGUGGGAAGAUGAAAGAAAUAAUCAUUUUAGUUUGAGCGAGUACGCGAUUUACAACAGUACAGCAGAGGCUAGCUUUUCAUCUCACUAAUAAAAAAAUAAAAAAAUCUGAUUUUAGGUUUGGAAAAUGAUUUCUUUGUAAAGAAGAUUAGUGUUGUUGUUUCCCAAUUUGUUUAGUGAUUAGCUGAUGUAAAUAUGCUGAGUGAAAAUUACAUACAAGAAUUGAAUAGGGUUGUAAUGUAUGAAUGAACAGACAAUGUCCAUAUAUUUUUUUUUACUACUAAUUAAUCUCUAUAAAAUGUAAGCAGAAAGUGGUUCUAGUGUAACUUAUUUGGUUCCACUGAACAAUAGUCAUUUUGUUGUAA